UCUCUGCACUCUGCCUCUCGUUUUCAACACUAAUCUUUAGUCUUUAAUAAUAAUAUAUAUUAGGUAUUCUGUAGCUUUGAUUUUUCUUCUUCUUUUCUUUUUAGUUACGGUAGCUCCUCUUCAUUGUAAUGAGGCGUGCAACUUGUUCCAAUAAUCCUCCUCCUCAACAAAUCCCAACAACAAAAAGAUGUCAGUGUUCCCCUCAUGGACAAAAAUGUGGCUGCAGUGAAAGGAUCAAUCAGCUUUCAGAUGAAUUAAGUCCAGGCUCUCAGCUGAAGCCAGAUGUUGGGUUACGUGCCAGUUUUGAAUCCGAGAGGGAGAAUGGACAUUUUCUAUCUCUUCUUACUUCUUCAUCCUCGUUCCGACGACCACAUGAAGCUUCAAAACCCACGAGCCAUGUUCAAAACAAGGAACACUCUAAUUUGCCUUAUCAGUCGGACCACUCAUCAUCACCAGGGCUAAUUGUUCGAAGGAGUUUGCAUGAUCCGCUUUCAGGAGCUACCAUAAGGAGCAUAACAAGUUGCAUUGCUAACACUUCAAACCUCAACUUACCUCAUACCAUAAGCCAAAUUGGAAGAGCUAAUUUUCCAGGUUCACAGAAUGAUGAGCUUAAUUCUGGAACUUACACCACAUUAAUUCUUGGAUCUACUCCUCUUCGCCAUAUUUCUUUUUUCCAAAGUCUUUUUGGGCUGCCUAACAACCUUUUGCGGUCUUUGUGGCCUUCCAUUUGGCCUCCCCACGUAAGUGCAGAUUCUACAUUUCGAUUCGGUCAAGCUUCUGCUUUUUCUUCUGAUGAUAAUGGGGUCCAAAAUGUUACCCAAAUUGAUCUAUGGAGGCAACUACUGAUGGAAUCGACUCUAUAUAUGCACACGCCGGCUGAUAGCUUGUUGGAAGGUUCGACUUCAUUUUUUGUUGUAACAGCUAACCGUGGAGUGAACUUCAGGCUUGUCACGGAGAAUGCUGGAGUUAUUUACCAACGGCCUCUGCACGUUUCAAUUGAAAUGCGCAAUCGUUCUAGAGCUAUGUGGCUUGAUGUGGAUAGCAUGUCAUAUGAGGAGUUGUUGGCUUUAGAAGAUCAUAUAGGGAAUGUCAGCACAGGAAUAUCUGAGGAAGCAGCUGUUGCAUCUCUCACGCGCAGCAAUUACUUUUUGUUUGCAGAAGAAAAUGCUCAGAAAGACUUUUGCAGCAUCUGCCAGGAGGAUUUCGUAGAGGAGGAUGAGCUAGGAACAUUGGAUUGUGGGCAUGGCUUCCACAUUGCUUGCAUUAAACAAUGGCUGGGAUAUAAAAAUGUAUGUCCCAUAUGCAAAUCUCCUGGAAAAUGUACUACACGCCCCUCGUCCUCACUUAUUUAAAGUCUGUAAAGUAUGUCUUAUGAAGCUGAAUUUUUCUGAAAAGUACAUGGUGUGGAUUGGGGACUACUCUAUAUAUGUUCUGUUUCUCCAUGUUCACCAGCCUAGUUUAGUUUAGCUUCAUUUUCUUUUUCUGUAAAUGUACAGAUUAUGUAUCAAAAACAAUGAGGAUAUCUUAAUGUAUAUACUCUAAAUUUCUCA